AUGACCGGCCGACACAAAGCAAUCCGUCUUCCACCCCUCAAGACCCUGCGCGUCCACAACCCCAAGCGCCAGGUCGAGAAUCCCUGUAUCGCCAUCAUGUCCAGCGUUCUCGGUAAACUCCCCCCUCCCCCACGACUCAAACCCAAUUAUGAGUACCAGUUUCGAGAACCUGUCACUAACAAGUUACAAGCAUGCUGGGCCUCAGCAGGUUACAACGCAACGGGCUGCGCAGCAGUAGAGAACCAGCUCCGCAAAUGCAUGGACGGUCCGCCUCCUCCCCCCGCGGGCACGAAUACGAUUAACUACCAUCUCGCACGAAUGCAAAAGUACAUGACCGGGCCGAGGAAGCAAAAGUAG